AUGUGUGGAACUAUAGACUACCUGCCGCCGGAAAUGCUGUUGGCACAGUCACAUAACGAACGCGUCGAUCACUGGGCAGUUGGUGUUCUUUGUUACGAAAUGCUGUGUGGCCAUCCUCCUUUUGAACAUGAUGACACCAAGGAGACCUACGCGCGGAUCAAAGCAGUCAGGUUUACUUAUCCUUCUGUAAUCAGCCCUCUGGCUCAAGACCUAAUAUCAAAGGUUCUGGUGCGUGACCCAGCUCAGCGGCUGGCGUUGGCAGAAAUCCAAAAGCACCCUUGGGUUCAACGUUUUGCCGAGAAAUCUUAA